ACGUACAAAAUUAUAUUGAUGAUAUAAAAUCAAAAUUAAAUUUACAAGAAAAAGUUAUUCUUCAGGAUGCAUUCGAUGAAUCUUUUUGGAAACUUCAUCAACCAAUUAUCGAUAUAGCACAAAGUGUGUAUAUUUAUAUUGAUUCUCAAACAUUUAAGAAUGUACUCGAAAAGCUUUCAAAAUCACGUGGUGUGACUUUGACAGUAGAAUUAGUCGCUACAAAAUUUAUGCGUGAAGCUUAUAUUAAAUACAAUAGAUUACGAGCAGAGUACAGAGAUUGGAUGACGCUCGAUUGCACCAGGAUUAGUACGUUUUGGAAAGGUGUUAAAGAUAUAGAUUAUGAGCUUGAAUUAAUGUCAAGGGGAAUGAAAUGGUAUCCAAAAGAUGACUUGAAAAAAGCAAUCAUAGAGUGUUGGGUGGCAAAUGUUCGUAACAAACUUAAGGAGCCUUUGACACUCAUUGAAUUAUACAAGGCUAUUAAUGAAAUAAACAGAUCACUUACUGAUUUUGAUGCCAACUGUUGGAAAAUAAUAAAAUCAUUAUCUUUUGCUGGAGAUUUUCUCACCUGGCUAUAUACAGUAGGUGAAGUUGAUCUAAGAAAUUUAAUGAAUACCGUAGACGAAUCUGAAGAUCGUGAAGUCCAAGAAAAUACAAUUACUUCAUUAAUUGAAGUCAAACAAUUUUUAAUGCCUUUAAUGAAUAGUAUAAGACAAUUUUAUAAAGAAGGCAAAUCAACCCAUACCAUCAUUUUUAAAUUUCUUGAUCAUAUACGGGAUAUUGCCUCAAAAAAUCCUUCUUUGUCUCAGAAAAUUUCUCAAUGUUGUUUAAGCAAUCUCGCUAUUCAGCAUGUAUACUUUACUAUUUUAAAUAGAGGAGAGGCGAUAAAGAUGCGCAUCAGGGAUGCUGCGACGAUAGGUGAAUACAAAUUUUUCCAUGAUGAAAAUCAUGAUAAAUGUGUCGUAGAAUUAUCUUAUGAAAAACCUUACGAAGAUACUGGUAGAACGAAAACAACAAUUCAUGAUCUUUCUAGUCUACAAGAUUUGCAAGGUCAGGCUCUUUUGAUCGCAAAACAGGCAUCAUUUGCCUAUGUCAUUUGCAUAUCAACCGAAAACGAGAAUAACUUAGAACAGGGCGCCAUUGAACUGAUGAACUUUGUUCAGCAAGUAGAUACUGUACAUCAGAUUAUUAAAUAUGCAUCUCAAUUAAUGGAACUGGGUCAUUUUUCCUAUAGAGAAUGGGAAUUGAAGGUUCAUGCCACAGAGGAUAUGGAAUUACAUCUUAAAAAGCUCGACAAUGACUUGCAAGAUUGGGAGAAUAAUAUGAAACGAGCUCAGGAAAGACAUUAUUAUUUAACUUUCUAUACUGCAAGGCAUAUCCUGGCAUUUUAUGAUUAUUUCAGCUGCAGAGAUGAAGUUGAUCCUAAAAAUCGUGAGACAUGUAAAACACUGCUUCGGAUAGUCAGUAAGAAUGCAAUAUUACCUCCAAACGAAGGUGACAUAAAAGUCGAUUAUAUAACAGCAAAUUUCUAUGAAGUUCUCUGUGAAAUUGGUAUAAAAUUACACAACAUUUUCGCACAAGCACAAAAAACUCCUCGGAAAAUUAAUGCAAACAUUGAACUGAAUGUUUCUGAUAUAGUUCGUCCGGGUAAUUUAUUUGUUGCUGCGUGUAACAAAAGCUAUCAAGUACCAAACAUAAUUCUAUCUCUUUAUGCGAAUCAUGGUACAUACCCAGAACCAUGGCAAUUAUUAAUGUGUAGGACAUCUACAACUGCUGAUGAACUUUCACUUUUUAUUAAGCGAUGUUUCAAUGCUACAAACCAUGGAUAUGGAAAACGGUUAUUUUGUAUCUCAGGUUUAGAGUUUCUUGAAAUCGAAUUGCAAUACAAGUUAGCCAAUGAUAUUCGUAAUCUUAAAGAAUCUGAUAUCAAUUAUCAUUUGGCUUUGAUCUGUUGUCAAGAAAGUGGCAUUAGUAAUCAUAUUCUUGAUCAGUUUUCAGAAUAUGUAUGCAACACGAACGGUCUUAACACAAAUUCCAUGAAAAAUAUGUACAAGGAACUUUGCCCAAACGUGUUUUGUAUUUCCUCCGAUUCAUCCGGCCAAGGAAAGACUGAAUAUAUAAAAAGCACUAGCUUAAAAUCCAAAUUUAUUGCAAAAAGUGUUUUAAUAAGUGAUAAUAUAAACUUUGAUGGACUAGUUAGCAAGUUGAACGAGUAUAAACUCAGAUCUUUGGAUUGUUUACAUUUGAACAUUGUGUCGAUUAAUAAUUCCAGUGAUAUAAAUGUCUUUCUUUUUGAGCUCUUGACACUUGGAAUGGUUACAAAUAAAGUAGAUAUUAUUUGUCUUCCGAAGCAACAUGUAUAUAUUGAAUUGGCAUCUACCACUACUCAAAAUUUAUUUAACUCUAUCCCAAUCGUACAAUAUCUUAAAAAUAUGCACUUGAAAUGGGACAUUAAUAAUCUUAAUGUAUCGAAAGAAAUAUCAAGUCAAAUUCAAAUUGUAUCACAUUAUUUAGAUGUAUACGACCGUAAAGAACUUAAUGAAAAGGAUAUUAUACUAAUGGGAAACAAUGCUAUAAAAAAGCCUUUAAGUCCAGGGCGGUGUCGUGAGUUAAUACAAAAAUAUUUUUUGGACGACAACGAAGCAAAUCUUUCAUCAUAUCGAUUUAUAGAAAUAUUUCUGAAUGUAUUUGCAGACCAAUUGAGUCGCAUGUCAUUAAGUUUAUUUUUUAGUGUGGAAAACCUUAAACUGAUGGUAAAAGAUAAAGAUAUUCGAACAACUUUAGUGAAAACUUUAUUAGAAGUCUCUAAGGAAUUUGCAACUCGAUCAAUCGCUACAAGAUCUGCUCAAAUUAAAUCAACACAUUUUAUAAGAGAUCAACUCGAGACCAUUGUACAAUGGGAUACUUCAAAUCAUCUUGUAGUAUUCUUCCUUUCACAAACACCAGAUUCUAUUUGCGCUCUUUAUCGUGAUCGAACAAAAGUUCCUGGUGAUGUGAAGCGUUUAUUGGUGAGCCAAGAAACUAGUCAUUACGAAGGCAUGGAUCCAUUUUCAAGAGCAAAUCCACAGGCUUGGGAACUUGAAAACUAUAAUACCAUGUCAUCGGAAGCUUUAUUAGAAAGAUUGGAACGUAUAGCAAGAGAAUCAAUGAAUGAAAUAGAACUUCCUAAAUAUGCAUUAUCGUCAAACAAUAUCGUGAAAAUGGCCCUUAUUCUGCUGAGAGCUCGAGCAAAUAUUCCAGUGGUCAUCUGUGGUGAAGCAGGUUGUGGAAAGACAAGUUUAAUUAGUUUCUUAGCAAAAAUUGUAAAAGCCAAAUUUGAAGUACUUCCUCUUCAUGCUGGUGUACUUGAAGACCAAAUUAUUGAUUUCAUGGGAAAAGGUGCUCAGCAUGCCAAGAACGAUCCAACAUGGUUAUUCUUUGAUGAGAUUAAUACUUGCAACCAUAUUGGUCUUCUUGCUGAUCUCAUCGCUCAUAGAACGUUAUUAGGCAAACCGAUACAUCAUAACAUUCGUUUGUUUGCAGCAUGUAAUCCUUAUCGACUCCGCAAAAAAAAUUUAACUAACGUAGGUUUGGAAAAACAAUACCACGAACAUAGUAGAUUAGUCUAUCAAGUACAUCCGUUACCUGACCAAAUUUUGGAUUAUGUAUGGGAUUAUGGCGUCCUCAAACCUGAAGAAGAGAGGAUGUACAUUAAAAUGAUGAUAGAGGAUCGACUUGGGUCAUAUCCAGUAUUUUUGGAUCUACUUUGCGCAUCGCAACAUUUCAUACGUACGGUUGAAGAAUCAUAUACAGUUAGUUUACGUGAUGUCAAGAGAGCAAUAAAAUUAGUUUUAUGGUUCCACAAAAGCCUGAAAGGACGACCACCAGCUACGCGUCCGCGUGGUGUUUCGUUUCUCACAAUCAAGCAGAAGAACUAUCCACCAACUGACCCCAAAAAAUUAAGGUGUUAUUGCUUUAUUUUAUCACUUGGACUUUGCUAUCAAUCGAGAUUAUAUGAUAAAGAUUUACGAAAAAAAUAUCAAGAGAGUAUGGCACAGAUUUUUAAGAAACGUAAUGAGAAUAUUACUGCUACAGAUUUUGAACAAAUAAUUCGUAAAGAACAAGAGGAUAUUAUGCAAAGAAUGUUACGUCCACCAUCGACAGCUGAUAAUGAUGCUCUUUUGGAGAAUGUUCUCGCGAUGAUUGUUUGCAUAUUAAAUAAAAUCCCUGUUUUCAUUAUUGGAUCACCUGGAAGCUCAAAAUCAUUAGCUGUACGACUUAUUAGUUCAAAUCUUCGGGGAGCAGAUUCAGAUGAUGAAUAUUUUCGAACAUUGCCACAAGUUUUUUUCGUACCACAUCAAGGUUCUGCAUCAUCAACUUCAGAUGGUAUCCUUAAAGUUUUUAAGAAAGCAGAAAAUGUUCAAGAAAAUCAUUCAGAAGGAUUCUCUGUGCAAGCAGUUGUCCUUCUUGACGAAGUUGGUCUAGCUGAAACUAGCCCAUUCAAUCCCUUAAAAGUUCUCCAUUCACUUUUAGAACCAAGUUAUCCAAAGGACACACCAACAGUAUCAGUUGUUGGUAUUAGUAAUUGGCGUUUAGACAACAGCAAAUCAAGUAGAGCGUUGCUCGUGCAAAGGCCAAAAUUUAGCCUUGAUGAUCUUACAUCAACAGCUUCUAUGCUUUUAGGUGAAAAAACUAAAAGUGGAAUUUCUGACUUUAAACUCAAGCAACUUGCCGAAGCUUAUCUUAAUUAUGAGCAAAAUCAAGAUGUUAAAAAUUUUCAUGGUCUUCGCGAUUAUUACGCAUUGGUGAAAUGUUUGAGUAAUAAUGAAGUGACAAUAGGUAUAUUUACAGGCGGAGGAAUCCCUAUAUCAGUAGACGGACCAGUACGGAAAGCAUUUAAUUUUGGUUAUACUCUUGUUACAUUAUUAGAUUUAUAG